AUGCCUCCGUCUCCUUUAGACGACAGGUUAGUGGUGGCAUUGUCUAGGCCCGUCCGACCUCAGGACCUCAACCUUUGUUUAGACUCAGGCUACCUUGGCCCUGCCACCCCCGGCAGUAGCAGCCGCCCUCCGGUCAUUGCCACCACCGUCGUGUCCCUCAAGGCUGCGAAUCUGACGUAUAUGCCCUCAUCCAGCGGCUCUGCCCGCUCCCUGAAUUGUGGAUGCAGCAGUGCCAGCUGCUGCACUGUGGCAACCUACGACAAGGACAGUCAGGCCCCGACCCAGGCCGUCGCCGCUGCCAUCGGAACCUCUACCGCCUGCCCUGCCAGCCAGAUGGUCAACAGCAAUGAGAACGCAGGCCCUUUAAGUCCGUCAGGUGGGGUGGGAAGCCCUGUGUCAGGGACCCCCAAGCAGCUAGCCAGCAUCAAAAUAAUCUACCCCAAUGACCUGGCGAAGAAGAUGGCCAAAGGCAGCAAGAGCCACCUGCCGAGCCAGGGCCCCGUCAUCAUUGACUGCAGGCCCUUCAUGGAGUACAACAAGAGUCACAUCCAAGGAGCUGUCCACAUUAACUGUGCCGACAAGAUCAGCCGGCGGCGACUGCAGCAGGGCAAGAUCACUGUCUUAGACUUGAUUUCCUGUAGGGAAGGCAAGGACUCUUUCAAGAGGAUCUUUUCCAAAGAAAUUAUAGUUUAUGAUGAGAAUACCAAUGAGCCGAGCCGAGUGAUGCCCUCCCAGCCUCUUCACAUAGUCCUCGAGUCCCUGAAGAGAGAAGGCAAAGAGCCUCUGGUGUUGAAAGGUGGACUUAGCAGUUUUAAGCAGAACCAUGAAAACCUCUGUGACAACUCCCUCCAGCUCCAGGAGUGCCGGGAGGUGGGGGGCGGCGCGUCUGCAGCGUCCAGCGUGCUACCUCAGUCCCUCCCCACCACCCCUGACAUCGAGAACGCGGAGCUGACGCCCAUCCUGCCUUUCCUGUUCCUCGGCAACGAGCAGGACGCUCAGGACCUGGACACGAUGCAGCGGCUGAACAUAGGCUACGUCAUCAACGUCACCACUCACCUGCCCCUCUACCACUACGAGAAAGGCCUGUUCAACUACAAGCGGCUGCCGGCCACCGACAGCAAUAAGCAGAACCUGCGGCAGUACUUCGAAGAGGCCUUCGAGUUCAUUGAGGAAGCUCACCAGUGUGGGAAGGGGCUUCUCAUCCAUUGCCAGGCGGGGGUGUCCCGGUCCGCCACCAUCGUCAUCGCGUACUUGAUGAAGCACACUCGGAUGACCAUGACUGACGCUUAUAAGUUUGUCAAAGGCAAACGGCCAAUUAUUUCCCCAAACCUUAACUUCAUGGGGCAGUUACUGGAGUUUGAGGAAGACCUGAACAAUGGUGUAACACCACGGAUCCUUACGCCAAAGCUGAUGGGUGUGGAAACGGUGGUGUGA